CGAUAACUCGUUUGAAAGAAUUUGUUAGCUUGCGAAAGGUUCAGUAUUUUCUCUCUCUUAUACCUUGACUUGAUUUGAGAGACACAAACUUGAAAUCAAAUAUUGGAGUUCAUCUCAUCUUCAAUGAUAUAAUAAAGGAGUAGACAAAUCAACCAGAAAUGUAUGAGCAUUCAUCAUCCUUUGAUCCAAGCGCAAUAGUAGAUGGCACUGUCUCGCUAAAAGACAGCAUUCCCGACGCGCCGCCGCUCAUGGCUGCCGGCAACCUUACAAGCAAUAACAAUGGCUUGGAAGAAAACCUCAGGCUAACGGUGGAGGAGCUCUCCUAUCAUCAUCACCAGCACCAGAAUCAUCCACCGCCGCACCCAGAAAACGUAUCGGCCUUUGCUAACGGCGUCGCCGCCGCACCAUUGGACAUCUCGCACCCUCAACAUCUUGUUCUGAACGUAGAAAACUCGUACAACAACGAGAAUUUGGUUCAUCAAGUCAUUGAUGCUCUCUCUUAUGACCAAUCCACUUGGGACCCUAAAGUUCAAGAGUUGCAGGAUGUGGGUUAUUCUAACCACCACCAUGAACAACAGCAACCCCAACAAUUUCAGCAAAUUGAAACCCAAAGCUACAAUUCUUCUUCCAUACUUGACCCUCCUCCUCCUUACCCUCCUUCUAAUCUCCUCGACCUCCUCCAUUUCAACCCAUCCCAGAAGAUACCCAAUAUCCCAAAUUCCAUGGGAUUUCUCGGUGACAUUCCUAUAGGAUCAGAUAGCGCAAGCGCGUGCUCUGUCUUGUAUGAUCCUCUGCUUCAUUUGAAUCUGCCUCCGCAGCCUCUAGCGCUAAGGGAGCUCUUUCAGUCUCUUCCUCGGGGCUAUAGCUUGCCAACUAGUUCCAGAAAUGGUUCUCUUUUUGGUGGAGGGGAUGAGAUAGAGGGGAAUGGGAUUGUGUAUCAGGAUGGAGAUGGAAGCCAGCUUGACAAUGGAGUUCUGGAAUUCGACAGAGGGACUGCCCGUGUCAGCAAAGGAAGACAAGGAAAAGGCACCAAGCAUUUUGCCACUGAGAAACAAAGAAGAGAGCAAUUGAAUGGCAAAUACAAUGUCUUGAGGAGUUUGAUCCCAAGCCCUACCAAGAUGGACAGGGCAUCUGUUGUGGGAGACGCGAUUAAAUAUAUAAAAGAACUGAUGAGAACAGUGAAUGAGUUGAAAUUGUUGGUGGAGAAGAAAAGAUUUGGAAUGGACAGGUGCAAGAGGCACAAAGGUGAAGAUGAUGCUGGAGAGAGCUGUAACAUGAAGCCCUAUGGUGAUCAUCCAGAGGGAUGCAUAAGGACCUCGUGGCUUCAGAGGAAGUCCAAAGACACUGAGGUCGACGUCAGGAUCAUCGAUGAUGAAGUCACUAUCAAGCUCGUUCAGAGGAAGAAGAUCAGCUGCUUGCUGUUUGUCUCCAGGGUUCUGGAUGAACUCCAGCUGGAUCUUCACCAUGUUGCAGGUGGACAUGUUGGUGAAUACUGCAGUUUCUUGUUCAAUAGCAAGAUAUGUGAAGGUUCUUCAGUGUAUGCAAGCGCCAUAGCCAACAAGGUGAUUGAGGUUUUAGACAGGCAGUAUGCAGCAGCUGUUCCACAUACUACCGGUAGCUACUAAACCUGAAAAAUAACAGGCCAAGAUCAAGAACAGGUCUUCUACAAAAUUAUGAUUAAUUAUAUAUGUAUUGGGAUUAUAGCAGAUCAUAAUAAAUUUUCAUGGGAAGAUGAUUGGAUACCCGUGAAUACUAAAAUUUACAAGUUUGAACUUUCUGAAAUUUUCCUAGAACUACACUAAUGGAAUUAUUACUUGGGCUUUUAGUUAUUGCUA